AUGUCGAAUUCAAUACCCACGACGACCAGUGGCUAUCGGAUAGACCUCAAAGCCGGCAGCUUCGAUGGCCUGCAUCUUGAUGCAUCGAUGCCCGUCCCGGCGCUGGGAGCGGAUGAUGUUCUCAUCUCCGUUCAAGCUGUCUCGCUGAACUAUCGAGACAUAGCCAUGCCUCUGAAACUAUACCCGGCAUACACAAAGGAAGACCUUGUGCCAUGUUCAGAUGGCGCAGGCGUCGUAGUCGCGGUCGGAAGCGGCGUCAAGGCUCUGAAAGCAGGAGAUAAGGUGUGCCCGACCUUCUUCCAGGAUUUCGAGGACGGUUAUGCCACGAAAGCAAGCAGGGCAACGAGUCUCGGAGGGCUCAACGACGGUGUACUCAGAAAGCAUGCCGUGUUCAGGGAAAAAGGGUUGAUCAAGAUCCCGGAUUUCUUGAGCACAGUCGAAGCGAGCACUUUGCCAUGUGCAGCUCUAACCGCUUGGAACGCGCUGUUUGGGGUUGGAGGCCGGUCGCUUGAGCCUGGACACUGGGUCUUAACCCAGGGCUCAGGAGGUGUCAGUAUCUUCGCCUUGCUGUUCGCCAAGGCUCUCGGCGCGCAUGUGGUUGCUACGACGGGCGACAAGGGUAAGGAACAGAAGUUGAAAGAUCUAGGUGCUGACCUCGUGAUCAAUUACCGCGACAACCCAACCUGGGGCCGUACUGCAAUGGAAUUCAUUGAGAAGCAAGGUGGAACAGGGGCGCAGCAUGUCAUCGAAGUUGGUGGCGAGACCACAAUGGAACAGAGCUUGAAGGCCGUCGCACCCGAAGGCCUCAUCUCAAUCAUUGGAUUUCUCGGUGGCAACCCGGCGGAAAGGAAGACAGGUUUCUGGGAUUGUUUUACAAGCGCAUGUCUGGUCCGAGGUGUGCUUGUUGGGAGCAAGAAGCAGUUCAGAGAUAUGUUGAGCUUCAUGGAGGAUAAGGGCGUGAGACCAGUCGUGGAUGAGAAAACUUUCAAGUUUGAGAAGGCCAGAGAAGCAUAUGAGUAUCUUCUUGCACAGAAGUUCUUCGGGAAGGUCGUUAUGGAGGUUCAGAAUUGA